CUUUGGAGUUAAGCAUACAGAACCCAAACAGCAAACGUUCCAAGCAUAUCUAGCAUCUCAAGGAUAAGCACUGAAAGGAUAAUGGAGUUGAACCAUAUUUAUACCUGGUUAGGCCUGCUGCUCAGCCUCAUGAUCUGCAAAUUAACGCAGUGCCAUGCCAAGCCCAUAUAUUACGAUGUGGACAGCUAUGAAAGUGGGUAUGGACGCAGCUACGAUCCCAAGAGCUACGAUAACUCAUAUGCAUACACCUAUGGCAAGCCCCUUACAUCGGAUCAUAUUGAUAAGCUAAACACCGGCUACUACUACGUGGACAAUGGCUAUAUAGCGCCAGUGUCCAGCUCGUUUGCCUCCAGUCAACGCAGUCUCUAUCCAUAUAGUAGCGGCGAGCUUUCGGAUAGCUACAAGUUCUCUCCGAUCCUGCGCUAUAGAAAAUCGCGCACAAGGCGCAAGAAGCUCUUCGUGCCUAACUUCUUUGGCUAAGCUGAUAAAGAUGUCCUGGCCAAGAGAGACCACAGACUGAUGCUGCAUAUUGUUAAUUAAUA